AGACCCGCCGCGGGCGCGCGACGGAGUGCCCCCCCCGCCCGCGCGCGCGCGCGCCCGCGCGUGGUGGCCUCGCGCGGCGAGGCGGGCGAGGCCCUCAGAUGGCACGUGGCCCGGGCGCCCGAGGGGGGGGCAGCCCCUGGGACAGCGACCUCGUCGCCGGCGUCGCCUUCCACCCGAGGAGGUGCGAGCCGCGGUCCAACGAGGACGGCAUUCGAGGUGGGGAUCCCAGCGGCGGCUGGAUCGACGCCGACAUUGCCGCCGCCGACGGCGUGAGGCUCGCAUACCGGCUGUACGUGGCGCCCCGGUCGUCGCACGACGAGCCCGACGAGUCCUUGUGCGUGCUGGUUUAUUUCCACGCCAACGCCGAGCUGUGUACGGACCUGGAGGUCGACCGGCGGUCGAUCCUCAACUGCGGCUUCCACGCCAUACUGUGCCCAGAGUUCCGGGGCUUCGCCUGGAGCGGGGGGAAGCCGCAGCUCGGGAAGCUCUGCCCCGACGCGGGCGACUUCCUGGGGGCCCUGCCGGGGAUCCUGCGCGGGGCGGGGCUGCAGGCGCCGACCAUCCGCGUCGCCCUGCACGGCCGCAGCCUCGGCAGCGCCUGCGCCACGCACGUGGCAGCGCAGGCGUCGGCGCGGCGGGCAGGA